AUGGUAGUGGCAAUGACAGUAGUGGUGGUGGUGGUGGCGAUGCAAAUGGUAGUGGUGACAGCCAAUGGAGGCAAUGUUGGUGACAGAGGUGGUGAUGUUGGUGUUAUUAGUAGCGGUGGUGGUAACAAUAUCAAUGGUGUUAGUGGUGACAACGGUGGCAGUAGUGGUGAUGGUGGUUGCAAUGAUAUUGGUGGUAGUUGUGGUGGAGGUGACAAAGUUGUGAUUAUGGUGUUGGUGGUGGAACCAAGUGGUGACAAUGGUGGUGGUUGCAAUGACAUUGGUGGUGGUUGUGAUUGCGGAGAUGGAGGUGGUGAUAUUGAUGGUGGCGGUGACACUAAUGGUGAUGGUGGAAAUAAUGAUGGUGGUGAUGGUGGUGGUGAUGGUAGUGACAAUGGUGGUAAUGAUAGCGGUGUUAGUGGUUAUGGUGGUAACAAUGAUGGCAUUGCACUGGUUAUUGCAAACAGUCAUAUACUGAUUGGUGAUGUGCAAUAG